GCUGUGCUCGUCGACGCCAGGGCCUUUACCAUCCCCAUCUGUCUCCGCGUCCUCAUGAAUAUUCGGUGUCUGGGGUGAUGACGUCGGGCCCCUCCCGGUAAGGAGAGUUUUGUAACAGGGUCACGUUGCGCUGCGGCACUGAACUAACAGACCUCCAAACAGCAGCAGUCCACCGUCUACUCUCCUCUACACCGAAGACAACACCUGCCCAUAACCUAUUUAACUAGAUAACUACAAUAUUAUCAGGAUGCCUCACCAGUACCCAGCUCUGACCACAGAGCAGAAGAAGGAGCUGCAGGAGAUAGCAGAGAGGAUCACGGCUCCGGGGAAAGGAAUCCUGGCUGCAGAUGAGUCCACCGGCAGCAUGGGUAAGCGUCUCAACCCCAUCGGGGUAGAGAACACCGAGGAGAACCGUCGUCUGUAUCGCCAGCUGCUGUUCACGGCCGAUGAGAGAAUGGAUGCUUGUAUUGGUGGAGUGAUCUUCUUCCACGAGACUCUCUACCAGAACUCUGAUGACGGGACCAACUUCUCCCAGCUCAUCAAGGACAGGGGGAUUGUAGUGGGCAUCAAGGUGGAUAAAGGUGUUGUCCCACUGGCCGGAACCGAUGGAGAGACCACAACCCAGGGUCUGGAUGGCCUGGCAGAGCGUUGUGCUCAGUAUAAGAAGGAUGGAGCAGACUUCGCUAAGUGGCGUAGCGUCCUGAAGAUCAGCGACAACACCCCCUCAGAACUCGCCAUCAUGGAGAACGCCAACGUACUGGCACGCUACGCCAGCAUCUGUCAACAGAACGGCAUCGUUCCCAUUGUGGAGCCUGAGAUCCUUCCUGACGGAGACCAUGACCUGAAACGUUGUCAGUACAUCACUGAGAAGGUUCUGUCUGCGGUGUACAAGGCCCUAUCAGACCACCACGUCUAUCUGGAGGGGACCCUGCUGAAGCCCAACAUGGUGACUCCCGGACACUCCUGCCCCCAAAAAUACACUAACGAAGAGAUCGCCAUGGCUACGGUCACUGCCCUCCGCCGCACCGUACCCCCUGCCGUCACAGGUGUGACGUUCCUGUCAGGGGGCCAGUCAGAGGAGGAGGCCAGUAUUAACCUGAAUGCUAUCAACACCUGUCCUCUGGGUAAACCCUGGGCCUUGACCUUCUCCUAUGGUCGUGCCCUGCAGGCCUCAGCCCUCAACGCCUGGAGAGGAGAGAGAGACAACGAGAAGGCUGCUGCCGAGGAGUUCCUUAAACGGGCUGAGGUGAACGGUCUGGCUGCCCAGGGGAAGUAUGAGUCAACAGGAGACAGCGGAGCGGCGGGGCAGUCUCUCUACGUGGCCAAUCACGCGUACUGAACACCCCAGGCCACGCCUACAUCACAACCCACCGCUGCAGCCCCUCCCCUCACCCACCAACCACAGACCUGCGUUGUCUACCGUAUUUUAGAAACAGCAUCGUUGUCGUGGCAACAUAACGAUGUGGUUAAUAUGAGUAUUAAUUAGUAUGGGGAGUUGAUGAUGAAGAGGAUGCUGAAGGGAGAGAGGGCGGUAUCAUGAAUAAGCUUUACUAAGUCCCAAAUGGAGUCCUAUUCCCUAUAUAGACCUGGUCUAAAGUAGUGCACUAUAUAGGGAAUAGGGUGUACAGACCUGGUCUAAAGUAGUGCACUAUAUAGGAAUAGGGUGCCAUAGGGCUCUGGUCUAAAGUAGUGACCAACCAGAGAGAGGAUAACAUCAGAUAGGGACCAAUCAGAUACUAGAUUACAUCAAACAGUGACCAACCAGAGAGAAGAUAACAUCAGAUAGGGACCAAUCAGAUACUAGAUUACAUCAAACAGUGACCAACCAGAGAGAAGAUAACAUCAGUUAGGGACCAAUCAGAUACUAGAUUACAUCUGACAGACACCAGGGUGUGACGUGUUGAGUUCCAGUUAGGAAUGAGUAAGAAGAGAGGGAUGAGAGAGGAGGGAGAAAGAGGAGAGAGAUAGUGAGAGAAGGGAGAGAGAGCGUGAGAGGAGGGAGAGGAGGGAGGGAUGGAGAGAGGAGGGAGAGAGAGAGAAGAGGGAGAGAGAGAGAGGGAGAGGAGAAGGAUGAGAGAGGAGAGAGAGAGAGUAAGAGGAGGGAGAGAGAGAGGAGUGAGAGGAGGGAGAGAGGGGAGAGGGAGAGAGAGAAGAGGGAGAGAGAGAAACAGAGAGAGAGAGAGGGGAGGGAGGGAGAGAGAGAGAAACAGAGAGAAAGAGAGAAGAGGGAGAGAGAGAAGAGGGAGAGAGAGGGAGAGAGGAGGGAGGGAGAGAGAGAAGAGGGAGAGAGAGAAGAGGGAGAGACAGGAGGGAGAGAGAGAAACAGAGGGAGAGAGAGGAGGGAGAGAGAGAAACAGAGGGAGAGAGAGGAGGGAGAGAGAGAGAGGUACCAUUGUCAGCUAGAGACUGAACACAAAGGGUGGAAGGAAAGACAGACAAACAGCUAACCACUGACCACCAAGUCUCAUCCUCUAACCUCUGUCUUUUUCUCACACACCUAACUAUCUAGCUAUCAAUCAGUCAAUCAAUCGAUCAAUAAACUACUGAUAAUAACUUUAUUACUUGCCAUCUAAAACAGUUGCUGGGAAUGGCCCAGUGUGUUUUAACAGUUUGUGGGAAUGGCCAGCGUGUUGUCUAGGACUACUGCACUUCUCUGAUGAUAAUAAUAGCUUUAAAGUACACAAUCAAUGUGUUAUUAUGUGUUGUGUUGUGAGAGCGACCUUGUAGUUAUUAUGUGAUGCUUCUGUGUCUUACUCACCUCCUCUCCCCCACCGGUGGAACAGUCCGGAGGUGAGGGUGAAUCCUAUUGGCUGGUCUGGGUGGAGUGUGGGGUUUGUAGGGGGGGGGCCAGUAAGUCAGUCACUGCUGUGUUGGAAUACUGUGAUGUUUGUUGAUGUUCCUUUGUUUGUUUGUUGUUCUCUAAAGCGCUUGCUGUGAUGAAUAGUGGGGGGAAAAAUUAACAGAAAAUCUACAAUAAAUAUGACAAAAUAGUUAGAAACA